GCGCGGGGCGUGGAGCGGCGACAGCUAGCAGACUGGCCAUGGCGAGGGGCGCAAGGCGGCCACCUGAGUGGCGCGGCGGCGUCAGGUUCUUAAUCAGGAACCAACUCUAUGGAUCCAGGACAGGUUUGUCCCACGGCCUGCUCUGAACAGCGUGUUGUCCUAUAGAAGAUUCCCAUUGGCAAAACAUCUCUGAUGCCUUAUAGAGCAAGCAAAGAAGAUGGAUCGAUUGAAGAACCAUCUGCCUGUGUGCUUUCUACCUACAGUGCCCUUUUUAAUCCUAGUAUCCACUCUAGCGACUGCUAAGAGUGUGACUAAUAGCACUUUAAAUGGCACUGACGUGGUCUCGGGCUCUGUGCCUGUAAUCAUUGCCAGAACUGACCAUAUCAUAGUCAAGGAAGGGAACAGUGCCUUGAUUAAUUGUAGUGUUUAUGGCAUCCCUGAUCCACAAUUCAAGUGGUAUAAUUCCGUUGGCAAGCUGCUACAAGACGACGAGGAGAAGGAGCGAGGAGGAGCAGGAAAAUGGCAGAUGCACGACAGCGGCCUCCUGAACAUCACCAAGGUGUCUUUUUCAGACCGAGGUAAAUACACAUGUGUUGCUUCUAACGUCCAUGGCACUGUGAACAACACGGUGACCUUGAGAGUCAUCUUUACCUCUGGAGACAUGGGCGUCUACUACAUGGUUGUCUGCCUCGUGGCCUUCACUGUCGUCAUGAUCCUCAACAUCACCCGCCUCUGCAUGAUGAGCAGCCACCUGAAGAAGACCGAGAAAGCUAUCAACGAGUUCUUUAGGACAGAAGGCGCCGAGAAGCUGCAGAAGGCAUUUGAGAUUGCCAAGCGGAUCCCCAUCAUCACCUCAGCCAAAACUCUAGAGCUUGCCAAAGUCACCCAGUUCAAAACCAUGGAGUUUGCCCGCUACAUUGAAGAGCUUGCCAGGAGUGUGCCUCUGCCUCCCCUCAUUAUGAACUGUAGGACUAUCAUGGAGGAAAUCAUGGAAGUGGUUGGGCUGGAGGAGCAGGGGCAGAAUUUUGUGCGGCAUACUCCAGAAGGCCAGGAGGCCUCCGACAGGGAUGAGGUUUACACGAUCCCCAACUCCCUGAAGAGAAGUGACUCGCCCACCGCGGACUCGGACGCCUCGUCGCUGCAUGAGCAGCCCCAGCAAAUUGCCAUCAAGGUGUCUGUGCACCCGCAGUCUAAAAAAGAUCCCGUGGGUGACCCAGACGGUGUACAGUUUGAAGUCAAAGAUGAAGAGGAGACAGAACCGUCUGCUGAACAUUCCCCAGAAACUGCAGAGCCUUCUACGGAUAUAACAUCCACGGAGCUAACAUCUGAAGAACCAACGCCUGUUGAGGUAGUAGAUCGAGUCCUGCCACCAGCUCACCUGGAAACUGCAGAGCCAGCGGUGGCACAUGACAAAAACACCUGCAUUAUUUAUGAAAGCCAUGUCUAAUAUCAACUACGAAAAGCUAUGCAUAUCAAGAAAAUCAGGGGCUGCUCCUUGUAGUGCAGAUGUAGUACGCACUUGCCGCUAAGCCUUACCAGGAGACUCUCAUCCCUUGGGUAGGAGUGAUGCCAUUUUCAAAGGGGAAACUCCUGAGUGCAGGUAUUAUGUGACUGGAAUUUCCCCAAUAGAAAAGGAUGCGAGAAACAUCAGGGUGCAGAAUCGAUAAUACUGGACGGAAGGCGUCUGUCCACGUGAUACGAAUUUUAGAGGCUCUUCUCUGCCAAAUACCUUAAUGGGUGAUUCCCUUUUGGCAAAGAGAAUAUUACUAUAAGAUAUUCUGAGCUCAAGAGCCCUGUCCAAUGCACACUGCAUUGCUUUUCCUUUAAAAAAAAAAAUUAUAGGUCUGCUACAAUAGCAAAUGCACGUACAUGGGUUUGUUGCACUUUCUUCUCAGUUUUUAUUCCUAUCAUUGUUCCUUUAUAAUGGAGUAGUCGUUAUAGAAAUACUAAUUGCUCUUUCCGGU